AGAGGCUUGUGAAUGUGUUGCAUGGUGGGACCUACAGUGAGAGCUGCUUCCUACUCCUGCUGCUUCUCACGCUCCGCUGGAGAAUGGACUAUUGAAUCUCCCAUCAGCCCCUCUCGCCUGCUCCCCCAGUGCCUGCUCUUGUGAUCGCGCUGCAUGAUCGCUGCUACAAGUCACGUCUCUCUCCUGUCGCUUUACAUUUCUUCCCGAGCAACUUUGUACGUGUGUGUGCGGGGCAGCACUUUGCACCCAUGCUGCGGGGAGAAUAAGAUCCGCCGCAACGCGUGUACUCGGGUAGGAGCUGCCACACUGGGGCCGAUCAGCAGGAGGAAGUGGAGAGAAGUGUUUCGCUUUGAGUGAAAAUAUCGCAUCAGCAUGGGGAAGCAGAACAGCAAGUUGCGCCCUGAGGUCAUGCAGGACUUACUAGAAAGCACAGACUUUACCGAGCACGAGAUCCAGGAGUGGUACAAGGGAUUCUUGAGAGACUGUCCAAGCGGGAACUUAACCAUGGAGGAGUUUAAGAAAAUAUAUGGGAACUUUUUUCCUUACGGGGACGCUUCUAAGUUUGCAGAACAUGUAUUCCGCACGUUUGAUGCCAACGGGGACGGGACAAUUGAUUUUAGAGAAUUUAUUAUCGCUCUGAGCGUAACUUCCAGGGGGAAACUGGAACAGAAGUUGAAGUGGGCAUUUAGCAUGUACGACUUGGAUGGGAAUGGGUACAUCAGCAAAGCAGAAAUGCUGGAAAUCGUGCAGGCAAUCUAUAAGAUGGUUUCUUCAGUAAUGAAAAUGCCAGAGGAUGAGUCAACACCAGAGAAAAGGACAGAGAAAAUAUUUCGGCAAAUGGAUACCAACCGAGACGGAAAACUCUCAUUGGAAGAAUUCAUCAGAGGGGCAAAAAGUGACCCAUCCAUCGUGCGCCUCCUUCAGUGUGAUCCGAGCAGUGCUGGACAGUUCUGAGACUGUUUGGAUUAAAAUUAGCAUUUGCUCAUUUCAUUUUAUUUUGCCAAAUUACAUUUGUUGUGGUGUAGCCACUUUGGUGGCCAAAAGUACCUUCCUUUUGUGAUAUCAGUUUUUUUUUCUGGAUUACUAAAAAUGUUGAAUUCUGUCAAACCUUGUGCAGAACACUGGCUGCAUAAUAACAACCUCAUUUCCCCCCAGAUAUUUAGUGAUAUUCUAAAUAUCUGUUCUUUGUUGUGCUCCAGUGUUACACUAAUAUGUAGUACCUUGUAGUACCAAGGAGGCAGCUUGCCACGGUGUUGCUGCAGAAGUUGCAUUGGCUAAUUCCUUGGCACUCUUGCAGCAGCUCAUGUUCCAUGGGAGCAAUUCAGAAAUACUGACGUAAUGACUGUACUAUAGUACUGCUACAGGAUAGGGUGGUACAUACCAAACGCUAGUUAUAAGGUAAUACAGAACUUUUUUUUCUGGUAUAUUUCUUAAGUAACCACCCUCCAGUAUUUCCAGCAGGAGAGUUAAUAAAAAUACGACCUGUAUAACAUUACAAUAUGUUAUUUUCAAGCUUUACUGCAGUUUCUUUUAAAAACAGCUUCUUGUUCCUUUUAUUGUGUGUUUUCCAUUUCAUAUUGAUCAGCAUUGACUGUUCAAAAAGGGGCAACAAAAACAUAAGUUUCAGUUUGAGUCUCUAUUAAGAGGCAAACCGAUCGGUAUCCAUCUAAGAAUAAUAAUGUGCAGCUGAAACCUACAGGUAGAGCCAUGGAAAGUUUUCUAUGUGCCAAUAGGUAUCAAACAUAUUUGCUGACUUAAAGGAAGCUAAGACUUACAAUAAAAAAAGAAUAUGGCUAGAACUGCUGUAUUUCAUAUAAUGAACUAUCUAUUCCAGCCUAGAGGUUCAGUAGCCCUAUAACAGUAAUGAUCCAGGCCUUCAACAUUGUCUUGGAUCUUGUUAGGCCAGCUGCUGAGUGUCAGGGGCACUGCACAUGCUCAGUAUGCUCUGGGCUGCUGUUGAGAAGCUAAGCUUUAAAACUUUAGCAGAAAGUGAGUAUUAGAAGCGGAUGCUGCAGAUUAUUAGUCAGUUCUGAUACAGAAUGCACUAUGCUGUCAUGUAUCUAAAAUAAUUACUCAUUGGGCUAACUUCCUGUAUUAUAUAUAGAUAUAUUAUAGUAUAUAAACAGUCCUAAUCGUGUCUGCAC